AUGCGCCAUCUCCCGGCCGGGCCGCGCCGUCCUCGAGCCGCGGGUUCGAGUCCCGGCCCGGCCCCGGUGGCGCCGCCGGUACCGGAACCGGGCCCGGGCUGGGUCUGGGGGCUCCUCCCGCGGCCCCCGCGCCCGGCGCGGCCGCUGCCGGUGCUGCUGGCGGUGCUGGCGGCCGCCGCCGUGAUCCUCGUGUGCUGGCCCGGCGGGGAGCGCGGAGGGAGCGGAGACCCCCCAAAAUCCCCCCAGGAUCCCCCGGACCGCGCCCUCAGGACCCUCCUGGCCCGGCUGGACCCCGCCCGGCUCUGGGGGUCCCUCCUGAGACCCCUCCUGCACGAGAGGGUCCCUGGGGGGCCCGGCAGCCGCGCCGCCCGACAGCACAUCCUGUCGCACCUGCGCUCCCUGCGCGCCCGCUGGCACCUGGAGCUGGACACCUUUGUGGCGGCCACGCCCCGCGGGCAGGUGACCUUCAGCAGCGUGGUGGCCACGGCGGCGCCCGCAGGUGCGCGGCGCCUGGCGCUGGCCUGCCACUACGACACCAAGGUGCUCUCACCUGGGGACGCACCUGGGCAUGGCUCACCUGGGCACUCACCUGGGCAUCGCUCACCUGAGCCGUUCGUGGGCGCCACCGACGCCGCCGUGCCCUGCGCGCUCCUGCUGGAGCUGGCGUCAGCGCUGGACGCACACCUGAGCGCCAGGGCAGAGCAGGACCCCCCUGUGACGCUGCAGCUGCUGUUCCUGGACGGGGAGGAGGCGUUCGACACCUGGAGCGAGAGCGACUCCCUGUACGGGGCGCGACACCUGGCGGGGAAAAUGGCCAGGAGGGGACACCCCGCGGGGUCAGAGGUCACCGCCAUGAGCCUGCUGGUGCUGCUGGACCUGCUGGGCGCCCCCGGCCCCGCCAUCCACAGCCACUUCCCCCAGAGCCACCACUGGUUCCUGCGGCUGCACGGCAUCGAGCGCCGUCUCCGCCACCUCGGGCUCCUGCAGUCGCCGCCGCCGCCGUUUUUCCGCCUCAGCCCGGCCCCGGGGCCCGUCGAGGACGACCACGUGCCCUUCCUGCGCCGAGGUGUCCCGGUGCUCCACGUGAUCCCGACGCCGUUCCCGCGGGUCUGGCACACCCUCGGGGACACCGAGGACAAUCUGCACCCCCCGACCGUGCACGACCUGGCCAAGGUCCUGCUGCUCUUCGUGGCUGAGUUCCUGCAGCUCUGACACC